AUGUCUGCAACCCCACUCGCGUGCAUCUGUAACGCAUCUGUGGGUACCCUCGAGGACCUGAACAUGCACGCCAAUCUAAAUGGAUUCUAUGCUACUUUCGUGGCGGUGCCCGUCAUCGACUUUGAGAUGAUGGAAGCCGUCUUAGCCAUAACCAACUCGCACGAGGGCAGUUACUUCGUCAACUACCCCAAGACGUUCAAUACGACAGCUUACGUGGAGAACCUCUUCCCGUUGCUACCAAAGUCCCGCAUGCAACAGGUCGCGAGCGCUUAUGUGAACUACACGCCCGGGCCGGGCAGUGGCCCUGCCAUUGGAGAGGUUCUUGCCAUCUUCUAUUGCCCAUCAUACUAUCUUCUCGAUGCGUUCCCAAAAUUCAAAAAGAGUGCAUGUACGGGCACGUUCGCCAUUCCGGAUGCGUUCCACGGAACUGGCAGUCCGUAUUACUACCCAGAUUAUUCCUACACCGGCGAAGGUCCUCCGGUGGACAAUGAGACGUUUAUCGCUUCCUUCUCUUCGUUCUCUAGGGCAUUCACCAGAUUCGCGCUCGCGAUGACGCCGGAUCAUCGCCCCACUAACUUAUCGAUCACUCCUGAGUGGAGUACGUGGCCCAAAGGUUAA